GUGUGUGUGUGUGUCCCUGUGUGUGUCCCCCUGUGAGCAGUUGCCAUGUGGCGGGGGCCGGUGGGGUGGAGCCGCGGGUCUCGGCUGAUUGCGGUGACAGACGCGGCCGCUCGGGGCUGCUCGGGCUCGGGCUCGGGUUUACUCCGCACCGAGGCUUACAUCGGGGGGCGCUGGGCCCCGGGGGGCGGCGCCAGGUUCCCGGUGCUGGAGCCGGCCAGCGGCAGGGAGCUGGGCUCGGUACAGGACUGCGGCCAGCGGGAGGCCCGGGAGGCCGUGAGGGCGGCUCACAGCGCCUUCCACACCUGGAGACACACCACCUGCAAGGAGCGAAGCAUUUUAUUAAGGAAAUGGUACGAGUUGAUGAUGAAAAACAAAGAUGAGCUCGCGAGGUUGAUUACUUCAGAAAAUGGGAAGCCUCUCCACGAGGCCUCUGCCGAAGUGGUGUACGCUGCCUCCUUUCUCGAAUGGUUUGCAGAAGAAGCCCGGAGAGUGUACGGAGAUGUUGUCCCUUCCCCUUCUCCAGACCGUCGCAUCCUAAUCCUCAAGCAACCAAUAGGAGUGGCCUCCAUUAUAACUCCCUGGAACUUCCCCAGUGCUAUGAUCACACGCAAGGUUGGGGCAGCAUUGGCAACAGGCAGCACGGUGGUGGUGAAACCAGCUGAAGAUACACCUCUCUCUGCUCUGGCAUUGGCAGAGCUGGCCAGCCAGGCUGGGAUUCCUGCAGGGGUGUUCAAUGUGGUCCCCGCCUCCAGAGCCAACACACCUGCCGUGGGAGAAGUUCUUUGCACAGACCCACUGGUUGCCAUCGUCUCGUUCACUGGUUCCACAGCCACCGGAAAGAUCCUGCUGGGCCAUACCACCAACACCGUGAAGAAGGCCUCUAUGGAGUUAGGAGGACUCGCUCCGUUCAUCGUGUUUGACAGUGCUGAUGUGGAUCUGGCUGUUGUUGGAGCUCUGGCCUGCAAAUUCCGAAAUACGGGGCAGACGUGCGUCUGCGCAAAUCGUUUCAUGGUUCAGAAAGGAAUCCAUGAUGUCUUUGUGGAGAAGCUCGCCAAGGCGAUGGAGAGAGACCUGCGUGUGGGAAGUGGAUUUGAGAAGGAAACAACACAGGGUCCUCUUAUCAAUGAAAGAGCGGUGAAAAAGGUAGAGAGUCACAUAAGUGACGCGGUGUCUCAUGGUGCCUGUGUUGUGACCGGGGGGAAACGGCAUAGUCUCGGAGGAACGUUCUUUGAGCCCACUCUUCUCUCCAAUGUCACCCCCGACAUGCUGUGUUCCAGAGAGGAGACAUUUGGUCCUUUGGCACCAGUUAUCAAGUUUGAGACUGAAGAGGAGGCACUUGCCAUAGCAAAUGCUUGCGACGUGGGCUUGGCUGGCUACUUUUACUCCAGAGAUCCUGCCCAAAUCUGGCGGGUUGCUGAGCGUCUGGAAGUGGGAAUAGUUGGGGUUAAUGAGGCUCUCCUCUCGACCGUCGAGGCCCCCUUUGGUGGAGUUAAACAAUCCGGCCUUGGACGAGAAGGCUCCAAGUACGGCAUUGAGGAGUAUUUGGAAAUAAAGUAUGUGUGCUUUGGAGGUUUGUGAAGGGCGAGCUGGAGUAAUAAAAGCACAUGAACACUUAUUAAGGUUAUUUUGUUAACCGUCCUGUAUCAGAACUCCGUACUAAAAAUUAUGUUAGCAUUACCUUAAUGUGAAUAACAUGCAUUUUUGUCUCAUCUGUAAUGAAGCAAUGAUCCUUGACAUCGCACUGUAUUUAUACUUAGUGCGGCUGUUUUAACAUGGACUGAUCAUGUACAUCCUUACUAUGAUGUUUGCCUUUUAAUGAAGGAGGGAAUUAUACUUUAAUUUAAAAUUAAAUUAAAUCUAUUAAAGAAAAGCACAAUUUUGUUCCUGGUCCAUCCUUAGUACUUGCUUUACUUACUACUAAAUAGAAGAUCGUCUUGUACUUUUAUUAUCUUUAACAAUUGAUUUUUCUGUAAUAUUUUGUGAAACAAAAUAUUUUGAAAUGCUGCUGUGCUAUUCUGAUAUAAUUUCUGCAAUGUUGGUUGAGAGCAAUCCAAUGCUUAUCUCUGGAGCUUAAAACAACGUCUUGCCUGUCAAAAAUACUAACUUAUUUUUUAUCAGAGUAUAUUAGCCGUGUGCAAUCAUAAAGGUGCCACUUACUCAAUGUUAACUGUUUCCAUGCUUGUUUAACCUAAUUUGUGAGUUGGGUUAACAAUCGAUGUGUACAAAUUGCAGGUUGGGUUAAUUACUCAUGUGUAAAAUUUGCUGGGUGUGUUAACCAUGUGCAAAGGUGCUCUUAGUUAUGUUCAACGAACAAUGUAAAAGAUUUCCACAUCACUUGGAAUCUCUUUCAAUGGGUAAUUAAAUGUUCAAUGGUUAAUUCUGGUUAACUAUUCCUUGUAAUUCCCACAUGGUUAGCAUGACCCACAUAUUUUUCCAUAAGGGUUGCUAACCCACCAGGCAAUAAGAUUCCAUUGUUUUGUAGUCAUCAAAACUUUACACCUCAUCUCUUCAUAUGCCAAGGUAUAACUAAAGUUAAAUAGGAUUUGUAACUAUUAGUUGUUUAUUUUGGUAAUUCAAAUGAAUUGAAAACAUGUUUACUAUUAACUCCCUGAUUGACCCAUUAUGUACAAGUAUGAAAUUCACCUAGUUUAUUGUAAUAACAGUGGUUAGUUUGUAAAUUGUGUGUGUAAAUUUUGACCCUGAUUAUAAUGUUAAAGAAUAAAUUUUGAAGAAACUUAAAA